UUGUAAACAUGCUGCUAUGAGGGCAUUGUUUAAAGCAUAUAAUAUCCAAGAAUUCAAACACACAAGAUUCUCAAGUGUUGUAAUUGGUGAAGUACAACAUCCUACACUCAUCAUCAUCUAUAUACAGGUCAUUAAGGGCACAUGUACAUUUCAGAAAGGUUGGGUUCAUAUGUGCUCUAUUGGGAGGCUUCCAGUAAUUCAUCAUUUACAGAAAUAACAGGCUCCAAACACCACAACUAUUACUUACUAAGGGUACUUCUUCUCUCUGUUUUGAACACUCACACACACAAACACACACACACACACACACACACACACACACACACACACUCACACACACACAAUCCCUCUCUCUGCAAAAAAAAACAGGGCAAGAUCCUUGAACCGCCUCUCCCUGCCCAUCCCAGCGGCUGUCUAAUCUCAUUGGUUGCCGUCAGGGGGGUUAUUUGCAUAUUGUGGGCGUGUUCCUGACUCAGUGUUGGGAUGAAUGACUCUGUUCAGUUCAGAAGGCGACAAGACAGCAACGAACUCAGAGGCUAUGUGCUGCUGCUACGCUGAUCAACUCAGCACACGACAAAAACCUCUGAUGCGUUUAGCUCCGGGCUCUCCGCUCCGGUCUGUAGGUCAAACCACGUCGAGCCAGGUGGAAUAAACAUGUUCAACAAAACAGGACCCGGACUUAGCUCGAGAGGAGUACUGUGGGGUUUGUGUAUACUCCUCCUUUACACCAGCCCCCUCUGCUGUUUUGCUAAUUUCAGCCAAGCCAAAGAGCUGGUCUAUAAGAUAAAAGAAGGAUUACCGUCGGGGACACUCAUCGGGUCCAUGGGCUCCGACUUACACUUGGAUUUAUCCCUCGAUCCCCAUGUUUUAUUCAAUCUGCCCCAGAAGAAGCCCAGUGAUCAGUAUGUCACUCUGAACAGCACUACGGGACAGCUGUUUACGUCUGGGAAUGAGAUCGACAGGGAGACGCUCUGCCCCGACUCCUCGGAGUACAACCAGGGCUGCGUCCUCUCCCUGGAUGUGUUCGUUCUACCCCAGCAGUAUUUCCAGCUGGUUAAGGUCAAAAUCUUGGUUGAGGAUGUUAACGAUAAUCGUCCGCGCUUCCCGACGGGCGAGAUUAGGGUUUCCGUCCCGGAGAACACCCAGGUCAACGCGAGGUUCGCGGUGGAGCAGUCAGCGACGGACCCUGAUCUGGGGUUUCACGGGGUCCAGACUUACUGGCUGGUCAACGACUUCGGGGUGUUCACUCUGGACGUAGAGGAGAACGAGGGGGGUGAGCUGACACCCUUCCUCAUCGUGACCGACGAGCUGGACCGGGAACGACAGGAGGAAUACAUAACGGAUAUUAUAGCAGAGGACGGUGGGUUACCACCUCUCCUUGGCACUGCCACGUUGAGGAUUAUAAUCACUGAUGUCAACGAUAACUGUCCUCAGUUCACAGAAUCACAGGUCAACGUGACGCUCUACGGGAAUACGACUAAAGGAAAGCACCUGUCCAGGUUACACGCCUUCGACCCCGACCAGGGCGCCAACGCCGUGAUCAGCUAUGCGUACAGCGACCGCGUUCCCCGGGAGGCUAGAGCCCUGUUCCAUCUGGACCGGAUUACCGGGGUGAUCAAACUGGCCGGUCAGAUCAACACCGCAACCGGGAAGUUCUACAAACUCACUGUCCUCGCGAACGGACCUGGUUGCGUCCCUGCCGUCGCCACGGUGACGGUGCACGUGAUCCGGGUAGCUUCCGGUCCGCCUGUCAUUAUGCCGCGCUACAUUGCGGCGGAGAAAGACGGCGUGGUCACGAUGAAGGAGUCCGAACCGCCGUUUUCCCCAAUCGCGUUUUUCACCGUGUCGAACACGGACCAGAGAGGACAAGGGACGGAAUGUCUACUUGAAGGAUCCGGCCCGUUCCGACUGACACCUUACAAACGGUUGAAGAACGAGUAUCUGUUAGAGACGACGGAGCCGCUGGACCACGAGCAGAGGCAGGACUACGAGCUGACCGUAGUGCUCAGGAACCCCAGAGGUCUCGCCAUUAAGACCUUCGUUAAGAUCCUGGUUCUGGAUGAGAACGACAACGCGCCGGUCUUCAAACAGUCUCUGUAUGAGGUCUCUGUGGAGGAGAAUAACCCUCCCAACAGCUUCCUGACCCAGCUCCAGGCCACAGACCAGGACAGUGAGGCCAGAGGAGAGGUCAUCUACACGCUGGGGUCAGACGCUCCCUCCAUUUUCCUCCUGGAGAGGCUGACCGGCGUGCUGACCGUGUCCACAUCUCUGGACCGAGAAGAGAAGCAGACCUACAGGUUCAUGGUUCGGGCGGUGGACCGAGGGACCCCCAGGAGAGAGUCUAUAGCUACAGUGGUCAUCACUGUGCUGGACCGCAAUGACAACAGCCCGCGCUUCAUCAACAAAGACUUCACAUUCUUUGUGCCGGAGAAUUUCCCGGGUUUUGGCGAGAUCGGCGUCCUCUCGGUAACGGACGCGGACGCAGGUGAGAACGGCUGGGUGGCCCUCUCCAUCGUCAACGGCAGCGACAUCUUUGUGAUCGACGCGGGGCGCGGUGCUCUAAGGGCCCGUACCCCUCUGGACCGGGAGCAACAGGGGACGUACUACCUCUGGAUCGAGGCAGUCGACGGAGGGGAACCCUCUCUCUCCUGCCUCACCGUGGUUACCGUCCUCCUCCUUGACGUAAACGAUAACCCUCCCGUCGUCUUGUUCCCCCAGUCUAACCAGUCCUACAUGCUGGUGUUACCUAGCACCCUACCAGGGACCUCCAUCACAGAGGUUUACGCCGUGGAUAAAGACACAGGAAUGAACGCCGUUAUCGCCUACAGCAUCAUCAAGAGGAAGGGUGGCGAGCCGGGGUCGUUUGAUAUCGACCCGGACACAGGGAACAUCACGUUGAAGAGAGAACUGAGUGACCGCGGUCUCUACAGUCUACUGGUUAAAGUCUCGGACCACGGUCAACCCGAACCUCUCCACUCCACGGUCCUGGUCAACCUCUUCGUCAACGAGACGGUUUCUAACGAGAGCUACAUCCAGAGUCUUCUCACCGGGGAGGAGGCUGAGAUCCAGAUGGAGGAGAAGCAGUGGUACGUGGGUAAACUGACAGAGAGGCCCGGCAGGGAGGACUUGUUCCCCUGUCAGCCGCUACUCAUAGCUCUGUCAGUGACCUGUCUGGGACUGUUCUGCAUCGCCGUCACAUUGACUGCUUAUAUAUGCUGCAAGAAACUGAAGAAAUGGAGGAAAUGCCAAAUGAAAAGACUAGAGGUUGAAAUGCCUUUGAAGGUGAACGGUGACGACGCAGAUAGAAAGCGGACGGAAAUCUCAAACAUUUGAUGACGUUGACAUUGCAAAGACUUUGAGGCGAAGACUCCAACGUACAAAAACUGUUACACCGCAACUGUUUAUAAACAAUGUGAAUUUGUGAAGUGUAGAUUUUCAUCCUCAAAAAGACAAAAAAGGCCCGGAUCCCAAAUUGCACCCCCCUUUUGCCUAUUUAGUGCACUAUUUUUAAAUCAAGGGCCCAUGGUGGUGCACUAUAUAGGAAUUAGGGUGCCGUUUGGGAUACGUCCUCGUUUUAAAAGCGUAUUAAAAGACCCAAUGUGAUGUAUAUAUUGUAGAAAAUAUGAAAGGUUUUAUAACUUUAUAACAAAAUCUUUAACUAGACAAGAUUAUUAUUAUUAUUUUAUUUUUUUCGUGAAAGCCCUUAAGAAAAUACUCCUUAAAUUUACAAUUUUUUUUAAAAAAUGGGAGAGAUUCAAUUUUUUUUUUCUUUCACAAUGAUGUCAGGAUCGUUGGAAAGGGAUGAGGAUCAUUUGGUGUGUAUAACAAUAUUGAUUGAUUGAUUGAUUGAUUGAUAUAACAAUGUUUUUUUUCAUACCCCUUUGGAUUGCAUUGGAAAAGCUGACCCCCAGAGUGCAGUGCAGAAGACAAUUAAAAUCUGUCAUUUUCUUCAAAUCUACUGGAUUUUGUGUGAGAUUAAAAUGUGUAUUUUGUUGUGAUACAGUUUCAAGAGGGAGGCUUCUUGCCUGGCCACCAAACAAACCCUCUACCUGCCUCCUUAAGUGUGUCCCAAAUGGCACCCUAUUUCCCUAUAUAGGGCUCUGGUCUAAAGUAGUGCACUAUAUAGGGAAUAGGGUUCAAAAGGGCUCUGGUCUAAAGUAGUGCACUAUAUAGGGAAUAGGGUUCUAUAGGGCUCUGGUCUAAAGUAGUGCACUAUAUAGGGAAUAGGGUUCUAUAGGGCUCUGGUCUAAAGUAGUGCACUACAUAGGGAAUAGGGCUCUGGUCUAAAGUAGUGCACUAUAUAUAGGGAAUAGGGUUCUAUAGGGCUCUGGUCUAAAGUAGUGCAUUAUAUAGGGAAUAGGGCUCUGGUCUAAAGUAGUGCACUAUAUAGGGAAUAGGGUUCUAUAGGGCUCUGGUCUAAAGUAGUGCACUAUAUAGGGAAUAGGGUGCCAUUUGGAACGCAUCCAUAGUCACCUCCCAGUGAACCUGUCAUUCCCUAAACCAUGUUCUUAUUGUCUGUCUCUGAAAACAAAUCUUGUUUGAAUAUUAAAAAGUGCUUUAUUUUCA